CCAAAUGACGGCUCUUUCCGUACGGAAGUGGCAUAUCAUCAGGGUGUGGCGAAACUCAUAUGGCUUCGCCAUUUUGUUGUACGGAUGAAAAGGGUGGGGGGGGCGGAGAGUAGUAGGGGGAGCCGGGGCCGCCGGCGGCCCUCCUGCCCGCGCGGCCUCCGGAGAUGGUGAUCUGUUGCGCGGCGCUGAAUUGCUCCAACCGGCAGGGCAAAGCUCCCCGGGGUCGGGCGGCCGUCUCCUUCCACAGGUUUCCGUUAAAGGACUCAAAGCGAUUGAUCCAGUGGUUAAAAGCAGUUCAGAGGGACAACUGGACUCCCACCAAAUAUUCCUUUCUCUGCAGUGAGCACUUCACUAAAGACAGCUUUUCGAAACGGCUGGAAGACCAGCACCGGCUGCUGAAACCUACAGCUGUGCCAACUAUUUUCCAGGAUUCUGAAAAAAAGGGGAGCAGUAGGGAUCAUGUCAGGAGGAAGAGAAGAAUAGCAAGCCAGACUGUACAAGGAGAUGACAAUCAGUCAAAGGAAGGAAGCAAUGAGGUAAUUGUGGGAAUCUUAUCAUCUGACCAGCACUUGAUAGUGGAAGGAAUGAAAGAAAUGGAACAAGUGACUCUUCAAGCAGAAAUUGGGUCAAUGUCGGAGCAGGGAGAACAUUUUCAGGUUCAGCUUGAAGGUUCCCUGAGAAGGAUGUUGGCAGAUAACCUAGUCACAAAAGUAGUCCAGAGCAAGCCAGAAAAGCAACCCCUAGAUGACUGUACUGAAACGAUUAUCCAUCCAGAGUGCCUGAAAAUGGACAAAAGUGGUAUAUCAGCGGAUGACUUCACACCUCCAGUCUCUGGGGCAUGCAAAUUUAUUGGGUCUCUUCACUCAUAUAGCUUUUUCUCCAAGCACACUAGAGAGAGGUCAUCUCUUCCAAAGGAACAAUUAGAAAGAAAACGGUUACGGAGAACCAUGGAACCAAGCUGUAGUAGCAACACUGGAGAUCAGAACACUACUUUAACAGAAGCCACUUCAACUUCCUCUCUCACUGCUAUCCCACAGAAACCUCCUCAGACCAUUUCUGCCUCUCCUGCAGAUCUGACUCCUAAACCAGCAACAGAAGCUGUUGUAGGUCAGAAGGGAGAGACUGAUGCCAACCCCAUGUCAAUCAAUGAGGUAAUCAUGUCUGCUUCAGGAGCUUGCAAGCUCAUUGACUCCCUCCAUUCAUAUUGCUUCUCCUCUAGGCAAAACAAAAGCCAAGUGUGCUGUUUGAGAGAACAGGUAGAGAAGAAGAAUGGGGAACUGAAGCAGUUGAGACAAAAGAUCAGCCGCUCAGAUAGCCAAGUUAGAAAGUUAAAGGAAAAACUCAAUGAACUGAAGAGGAUCAAUUUCCCAUUCCUGAACAACCUGCUGUCCCAAGACGGUGGUCAGUAUCUUCUGCACUUGCACAAAACCCCACAGCUGAACCCUGUGAUUGAGCCUCUCUCCUGGAUGCUGGGCACCUGGCUGUCAGACCCACCAGGAGAUGGUACUUUCCCUACAAUGAAGCCCUUUCAAUACCUCGAAGAAGUGCACAUCUCUCAUGUAGGCCAGCCCAUGCUGAAUUUCUCAUUCAAUGCCUUCCAUCCAGACACCAGAAAGCCAAUGCAUCGAGAAUGUGGAUUUAUCCGCAUCAAACCUGACACUAAUAAGGUGGCCUUCAUCAGUGCUCAGAACACAGGUUUGGUGGAGGUGGAAGAGGGAGAAGUAAAUGGACAGGAGCUCUCUAUAGCAUCUCACUCAGUAGCAAGGAUCUCCUUUGCUAAGAAACCCCAUGUAGAGCAAAUUACUAGGAAAUUCAGGCUCAAUUCAGAUGGAAAACUAGAACAGACUGUCUGCAUGGCAACCACUACACAGCCAAUGACUCAGCACCUUCACAUCACCUAUAAGAAAGUAACUCCUUAAAACAAAGGGGAAUUCCUUCACCACAGAGGCACUGAAGCCAAGAAAAAGACACUGUGUGGAGAGGAUGGUGGAGGGAACAGAAGCAGCUUAAAAACAUAACACAGUGACUUUGCAUCUUCACUGCCCAUUUCACUCCUGACAAGGAAACUGCAGUUGCUGAAGGAGUCUAUUCUGAUGUUUCUGUAAUGGUAGACUUAAAAAAAACUAAAGCCAAUAAAAAGCCUUUAUUUUUAA